UGAUGACUCAUGAACUCAUGAUUGACAGCAAAUCACAAAAAUAAUUUUAAUUGGCUGUUUAGAAAAAAUAUCAUAUUCACAAAUAAAUAAAAUUUAUGAUGAUAUGAUGAUGAUUGAUGGUCUAUGCUUGAUAAUCUUGUCUAUGCUUUCAUAUUCUUGGCGCCGAAAAAAGUUUUUUGUUUUUACCGCUUCGAUCGAUUCGAUUGUGUAAUAGGUAAUAUUAACUUUAGUUUAGCAUAGUAUUUUAUUCAAUUUAGGUUAGUAGGAAUGUGAAAAGUUUCUAAUAUUACUUACCAACUAGCACACAAAUAGGUUUUUUCUCUCGGUUUUACAAUGAGUUUGGAUGGUUACGGUAAGUGAGUGUUAUUCCCGCAAUGUUUACUUUUGUUCCUUUCGAGUCGCUCGAUUAAUAACUUGCAAGGAAUCUUUAUUUCUAGUACGACACCUGCGACAAAAAUACAGUAUAGCCGUAGCUAUAGCUGUAAUAAAAACGAAACCGCCAAACCAAACUAUUGAACAAUACUUGGAAGUUUUGAAAAAUAAGAUAAAACCAAAAGACAAAAUGGACGAAGACGAAUUUAAUAUAAGUUUAUGCAGCGAAGAUUUCGCAAUGGAUGACGAAACAAGUGACGAAUUGACUCAGACAUAUGCUGCCUUAACUCAAACCCUGCAAUCAAGGGCUGAAAGUCCAACUUUGCUUGGAGAUUUUAACUUUGACGUUGCAAUAAAUCAGCAAAGACUGGACAAAGCUGAUUCUUUAGAGGAAGCGCUUGAGGUUUUAAAGGAAAUUGAUAAAGGUCCUUUAGCGCCACAGCCAUCAACAACUCAGCAUCAGCAACCCGAUUACUUUCAUCAAGUGCCCGAAAACUGUACAGAAAUAUCUAUACCAAAUUGUUACCGAACGAAUAUAAAAAAAACCCAGCACAGUAUUGAUACUCACAUGAACACCGAUCCAUCAACGUGUUAUAACUUCGAAAAAUAUGUAGAAAUAGGAAAAGAUAUGAAUGAAACAUUAAUAUCUGCAGAUAAACAUACUAACCAACAAAUUAACAGUAGUUUUGGAGAUAUGGAUAUAGAGAGAAACUGUGUUGAAGUAGAUACACAGUCAACUUUCGUAGAUAUACAGCGAUGCUUUCUUGAUACCCAAGAAACUUACAUGGAGACUCAAGAAACAGAAUUAAAUACUCAAGAAUUACAGUUAAAUUCCCAAGUUGCUCAUGAUGACAUGAAAAAUACUGAACAGUAUGAUUUUAGUCAGCAACUGACUCAUGUAAGCCAAAGUCAAAUUGAAGACAGUCGUUUUAAGUUACUAGAAAUGUAUAUCAUUGGGGGAAACAAAACUGUUAAACCUCCACCUAACAGAAAUAAAAUUAUCCCGAAAGCAGUUGAAAUUUCUCAGUUUAUGGCUAAGAAUGAUUCAGAUAAAAACUUCGCAUCACAAGAUAUGAGAGGUGAUCCGAAAAAUUGCGACGCAGAUUCAAAUACAAGAGAUCUUAAUGUGCUAAGCGAAAGACUUGAUAAUACUGAAGAACCAAAAUCUAAUAGUGUUAACAAAAUAGUGAAAAAUAAUAAAUUACUGGAUAUAACAAACACUGUAAAUACAGCUAAUGAUAUAACAAUGACCGCUGAAGAAGAAGUCACUGGUAAUAGUAAAAUUACUGAAAACAGCUGUAAAACUAUGCCUAAAAGAGCAAAAAUAGACGAUGACACUACAGUUACUCAAGAUAUAACUAGUAUAAAUAGCGAGGAGAAGUCCCAAAGCAUUACACAAACAGAAAAUGUAAUACCAUUCAAGAUUAUAGAAGAAUUGAACAGAGUCAAGACGUUGAUGUCCAGAAGAAAUGAAAGGCGCCUGAGUACAGAUGGAUAUUCAACAGAUUCUGGCUUUGUCAGUGAUUCCCAAAUUAAAUCUUCGUUAAAAACAAGCCUCCAUUGCUCCGACAGUGGGUUGAACCAGUCUGCUCACUGCCUCUUCAACUACCUGAUGACGUGUCAAUACAACGGUAACAACUUGGAGAUCGCCACCGAAAUAUCUGAUGUUUUAAGUGAGUUAGUGGACUCUCUGCACACUGACGAAGUAUACCCGCCAUUUCUGGACGAAGUUUUGGACAAAAUUAAGACGUUGUUGGACGAUGUCAGCGAAAACAAGAGUGAAAAUGUCGACAGUAUAGAAAACCCUGAUAAUAUAACUCAAAAAGACGAAACCAUCCACCGUUUGCUGCUCCUUAACAAAUCUAUAAACAUUAUCACUUACACUAUUGACCAAAUAACUAUCAUUUUGGAGAAAUUCCAUACAAACGUAACGUCAACAGAAAACCUAUACGAAAUCACAAACCUAGAACAGACGGAAAACCUAUGUUACAUAUUUCACAUUCUAGACAUUUUACUGCAAAGAUAUGAUAGAAAAAAUCAGUUGUUUUGCUCUCAAAGCAGCUCGCAAAAUUCACAAGAUAAAAUAUUCAAAAGGAACAGUAUAACUGAUAUUUGGAAGAAGAAAUGGAAUCCUGAUUUUAGGAAAAAGGAUGUUGUAGAUAGUCCGUUUAGGAAUAGGGGGUUGAAUAGCAAAAUAAGUGAUGUUUUGAAUAAAAUUGUCGUAGAUUGUAUGGAUGGAUAUAGUUUGGUGUCGUAUGCCGCAUUGCAGUGUUUUAAUCUAUUGCAAUCUUAGAUGUUAUGUGGUUUCUUAUAAAAAUAUAGGCUGUU